UCUUCUUCUUCUUCCUUCGUCGGUUCUUCUUCCGAUAGAUUUGCUUCGCUUCCUCACCUCCGUUCAAGGAUCAUCAUCUCAAAUCUCCUUCUCGCUCGAAGAAACACUAACUCUUACGCAAAUUCUUCUGGAUAUUAGUGUAAAUGGAGGGAGUUGGAGGUGACGCUGCUUCAAUGGCAUCAUCACCUGUACAAAAACGAGCGAACGAGGCGUGGAGGCUGUAUCAGUAUUACUUAGACAAGACUACGCCUCACGCGGUUAAUAGGUGGAUCGGGACUCUUGUGAUUGCAGGGAUAUACUGUUUGAGGGUUUUCUAUGUUCAAGGCUUCUAUAUCAUUUCUUAUGCGUUGGGGAUUUAUGUUCUGAACUUGCUGAUUGGGUUUUUAUCACCACUGGUUGAUCCUGAGCUUGAUGCGUCUGAUGGUCCAAUGUUACCCACAAAAGGUUCAGAUGAGUUCAAGCCAUUCAUCCGUCGACUUCCAGAGUUCAAGUUCUGGUACUCCAUGACUAAGGCUUUCUGCAUAGCGUUUGUGAUGACAUUCUUUUCUUUCUUCGACAUCCCCGUCUUUUGGCCGAUACUACUCUUCUAUUGGAUCGUUCUGUUUGUUCUGACAAUGAGGCGCCAAAUAGCACACAUGAUGAAGUACAAAUACAUCCCCUUCAAUCUAGGAAAGCAAAAAUAUGGAGGGAAGAAAGCUUCUGGCAGCAGGUCUCGCGCAGACUGAAGCAUAUGAACGUUUGUGGAGAAAGUAGAAGUUUCGGGUUUAUGAUUAGUCCAUAUUACUCAGCUCUUUGAACAAUCUGCAUUGAAGUACCUGUUUUGCAGCUCCUGAGAGAAAUCACAUUUUAGAUAAGUAGAUAUCUCUGGUUUUGAAAUUCUCGUCACUCAGAUUAAUUUUUUAUGUAGAGGCAAGCAUCAUUAAAAAAGCAUUUGUCAGUUUCACAAACAUCGGUUCCGUUUCUUCCUUUAGAUUUGAUUUGUGACGGUGUGAUUACUUGGUCUUACUCGUAAAUUCUACAGAAGAGUCGAGGUCACAAUAUUAGUACGUUUGAUCGUCCUCGACACAGCUUCAUGUUUAGCUCUCUGAAUAAUGUCUUCGGAUGCUAUAUCUUACCGCCGGCCUGGUCUCGGAUUUUCUCAAAUAGGAUCAGUUUUACAAACAUCGUUUCCGUUUCUUCCUUUAGAUUUGAUUUGUAAUUUGUGACUGUGAUUCCUUGGUCUUACUCGUAUAAUCUACAGACGAGUCGAGGUCAAAA